UGGGCUCCAAGUUCCAUAUUUAAAGCGUCAAAAUCGCUUUCACCUCACUCUCUCGGCUUCCGUCUUCUCCGACGUCUCACCCUUCCUUCCUUCGCGCUCGCUUCUACAAGCAGCAGUUCAUCCUCAGUAUAUUCAACUUCAAAAAAAUGGUUUCUUCUUCCACGGGGGGACCAACCAAAUAUUGAGAAUGACUGGUUUACAGUAAUUUGCUGUAAAGAUGACACUGUAAAAUUAAUGCAAUUAUUAGCCUGUAAUGUUCUGUAAAUGUACAAUGCAAACGUGUACAGCGUUGUACACGUUGUAUGUGUACACAAUUUAAGAUUGAUAGUAUGUAAAAAAAAAAAAAAAAAAAAGAAAUCAUUGUAGCUUCUUUAUUUCCCAGUAGGAGCCGCUAGAUGGCGUUGCGAGCAGGCUGCAUCCCGCAGCACAAAUUCUCCAGGUCAGUCUUCAUGUGUCCUGGAGCGGCAGAGCACAUGGACGCGCGACGCAGCGCCGACGCGCACGCGGCACUUGGCAGGUAAAGAGCGUCCCCGCGCGGCAUAAGCACCACCGAGCCCACGGCGGAGCACCGCAGAGAGACGCCGCGUGGAAGUUGUCCCGCGCUCGACGAUGGCGGCGCGCUCCGCCGCUCCACCGCCUGCUGCACUCGGCUUUAAAGUUACGCGUUCGAGUCCGGCGCUCCCACGCUCCGGCAGCACCCUGAACGCACCAUGACGAGCGGCGACCUUUCCAUGAUGACGAGGAGAUGUCUUCUCACUUUCAAACCCUUCAGAAUCUUUGUGGUGGGGAUCGGCUUCUUCAGCCUGUGCUUUCUAAUGACCUCUCUCGGGGGCCAGUUCUCAGCCAAGCGACCCGUCGAUUCCCCCUUCACCACGCGGGCCGAAGUAUUUGGCGGCCAUGAAUCUCGCAGUGUGCUGAAGAAGAUCAGCGACAUGCUGGAAGUCAUCAUGAAGAGGAUGGACGCUCUGUCCAGACCCAGUAACGCCACUGAAAGCCACAAGCUGGACGAGCUGGCCUCCGUUUUGGACAGGUUUCAGCCGAUAGGGUUGGUGGAGCGGAUCCAGGCCAUAGCCCAGAACAUGUCGGACAUGGCAGGGAGGGUGGAGCAGAUUCUCCAGCGCAGCAUUGCAAGCAAAAGAGUGAGAGAAGGAACAUUGUGUGACAUUCCCAAAGACCCUCGUUACCCAGACUGUCCCGGCAAGAUGGAUUGGAUGCGUUCCCGCUGGACCUCGGACCCGUGCUACGCCUUUUACGGCGUCGACGGCUCGGACUGCUCCUUCCUGGUCUACCUGAGCGAGGUGGAGUGGUUCUGCCCCCCGCUGGCCUGGAGGAAUCAAACCACGACGCCCACUUUGAAACCCCCACCCAGGCAACAAGCUGUUUUCCGGUUCGACACGGGCGCUCUGCUGGAGCAGGUGGGCACCGGGAAGGAGUCGCUGAACUUCAUGAGGAGACGCAUACGCAGGCUGGCAGCACAGUGGGCCUCCGCUGCUCGACGGCUGGAUGACAAGCUGCGCGGCCACUGGAGGGACGAGAAGCGGAUCCUGGUCCAUGUGGGCUUCCUGACCGAGGAGUCGGGCGAUGUGUUCAGCCCCAAAGUACUGAAAGGAGGUCCGCUGGGGGAGAUGGUGCAGUGGGCCGACAUCCUCACUGCUCUCUACGUGCUCGGACACGACCUCAAGAUCUCGGUGUCUGUCAAGGAGCUGCAUGGGUUUUUGGGGGUCUCUCCUGGUAGAGGAAGCUGCCCUCUGAGCGGCCCGCUGCCCUUUGACCUCAUCUACACGGACUACCACGGCCUGAAGCAGAUGAAGCAGCAUUUGGGGCUGUCGCUGAAGAAGCACAAGUGCCGCAUCCGAGUGAUCGACACUUUCGGCACGGAGCCGGCGUACAACCACGAGGAGUACGCCACCCUGCAUGGUUACAGAACCAACUGGGGCUACUGGAACCUCAACAGCCAACAGUACAUGACCAUGUUCCCUCACACCCCAGACAACUCCUUUAUGGGCUUUGUGGCUGAGGAGCUGAACGACACCGCCAGGAUGAACAUCCAGAGGAACAAAGUCAACAACAUGGCGCUGGUCUACGGCAAAGAAGCUAACAUGUGGAAGAUACAGGGGAAGGAGACCUUCCUGUCCAUCCUGCACCGCCACAUGGACAUCCACGGCACGGUGUACUACGAAACCCAGCGGCCCCCCGAGGUCCCCGCCUUCGUGAAGAACCACGGCCUUCUCCCCCCGCGGGACCUUCAGCAGCUCCUCAGGAAGGCCAAGCUCUUCGUCGGCUUCGGCUUCCCCUACGAAGGCCCCGCCCCUUUGGAAGCCAUCGCCAACGGCUGCGUGUUCCUGCAGCCCAAGUUCAGCCCUGCCCACAGUUCCCUCAACCACGACUUCUUCCGAGGGAAGCCGACCUCCAGGGAGGUGUCCUCGCAGCAUCCGUACGCCGAGCAGUACAUCGGGAGGCCGCACGUCAUCACCAUCGACUUCAACAACACCCAGGAGUUUGAUGCCGCCAUCCAGGACGUCAUGAAGACCAACGUGCAGCCUUUUCUUCCCUACGAGUACACCUGUGAGGGGAUGCUGGAGAGAAUCCAUGCCUACAUUCACCACCAGGACUUUUGUUCUCCCGAAGCUCCGUUUCCUCCCGUCAACUCUUCCCGGGUCUGGCAGGGCAGCCCACUGGCUCCUUUCAUGCUGCUGCCCAACUCCAGCGUGCUGACGUGGGCGACCAACGCCACCUCCCACGCGUCCUGGCCUCCCCUCAGCGCUCUGCAGCUCUUGGCGUCGCAGCAGGACCAGUCGUGCGUGAAGGCCUGCCAGGACGCCGGCCUGAUCUGCGAACCCGCCUUGUAUCGCUUCGUCAACAUCAAGGAGGCCUUCGCCGCGCUGGACUUCCAGUGUGCGGCCUUGGAGUCGGAGACCAACCACCUGUUCCCCGCCUUCUCGGCAGAGACCGCCGAGUGUGGCCUGCAGGAGGACCCCCUGCUGUUUAGCUGCGCAGGCGCCAGUGCCAAGUACCAGCGACUCUGCCCCUGUAGGGACUACAGGGACGGGCAGGUGGCGCUGUGCAGAGAUUGCUUAUGACCGGAGGGAGGACACAGCAGGUAGCUUCGGUCAAAAGUUUUGUUUUGACCUGGCCUUACCAAAGUAGGAACACCAUUCCCUCCGUCAAGCAUGGUGGUGGUAGUAUUAUGCCCUGGGCCUGUUUUGCUGCCAAUGGAACUGGUGCUUUAAAUGGGACAAAGAAAAAGGAGGAUUACCUCCAAAUUCUUCAAUCAAUCAAUCAAUCAAAGUUUACUGAUUUAGCCCUAAAUCACGAGUGUCUCAAAGGGCUGCACAAGCCACAACGACAUCCUCUGCUCAGAUCCCACAUCAGGGCAAGAAAAAACUCAACCCAAUGGGAUAACAAUGAGAAACGUUGGAGAGGACCGGGCGACCGGUGCAAUGGACGUUGAGUGGAUCUAACAUAAUAUUGUGCGUGUCCAGUCCAUAGUGGAUCUAUUUAAUAGUGUGAGAGUCCAGUCCAUUGUGGAUCUGGUUAAUAGUGUGAGAGUCCAGUCCAUUGUGGGGCCAGCAGGAGAUCAUCUUGAGUGGAGACAGGUCAGCAGCGCAGAGACGCCCCCAACUGAUGCACAGAUGAGUGGUCCACCCUGGGUCCCGACUCUGGACAUUUCAUUCUUCAGGACAACCUAAAAUCAUCAGCCCGGAGGUUGGGUCUUGGGCGCAGUUGGGUGUUCCAACAGGACAAUGACCCCAAACACACGUCAAAAGUGUUAAAGGAAAGGCUAAAUCAGGCUAGAAUUAAGCUUUUAGAAUGGCCUUCCCAAUGUCCUGACUUAAACGUGUGGACAAUGCUGAAGAAACAAGUCAAUUUCAGAAAACCAGCAAAUUUAGCUGGACUGCACCAAUUUUGAAAGAGGAGUGGUCAAAAAAAAUCAAGCAGAAGCUUCCCAGAAGCUUGUGGAUGGCUACCAAAAGCGCCUUAUUGCAGUGAAACUUGCCAAGGGACAUGUAACCAAAUAUUAACAUUGCUGUAUGUAUACUUUUGACCCAGCAGAUUUGGUCACAUUUUCAGUAGACCCAUAAUAAAUUCAUAAAAGAACCAAACUUCAUGAAUGUUUUUUUGUGACCAACAAGUAUGUGCUCCAAUCACUCUAUCACAAAAAAAAUAAGAGUUGUAGAAAUUAUUGGAAACUCAAGACAGCCAUGACAUUAUGUUCCUUACAAGUGUAUGUAA